GAAGCCCACAAGGGAAUCCUACUUUGCUUGCUCUCCGAAAAAAAAAAGGGGGAAAAAAAAAGCUCUUUUCCUCUCCUCGCGUCCAUCCGCGAUCCACCACCUCCUCCUCCCGUCUCCGGCGACCGCCGCCGCGCCAUUACACCCAGACGCGCCGGUCUCCUCUCGGCACCGGCCGGCCUAGUCGACCGCAGAAGCGGAGGUGUGACCGGAGCGGAGGUCGUCGGUCAAAUCCACUCCGGGGGUUUCUUGAAUUCUUGGGAGCAGAGAGGCAAAAGUGAGGCAGCAGCCAUGUCCAUCGAGCUCAUCCUGUGGCUCUUCUCCUUCGCCUCCAUCAUGGUCCUCAUCGGCCUCACCGCCUACCAGCUUAUAUGUUUAUCUGAUUUGGAGUUUGAUUAUAUCAACCCAUACGAUUCUUCAUCUCGCAUCAACUCAGUGGUCCUUAUAGAAUACGCACUCCAAGGGGCCUUGUGCGCUUCUUUCCUCUUGACACUGCAUUGGUUCCCGUUUCUAGUUAUGGCACCAGUAGCAUACUACCAUGGCAAAUUGUAUAUGGAUCGGAAACACCUUGUAGAUGUUACCGAGAUAUUCCGGCAACUCAAUUGGGAGAAAAAAUACAGGAUGAUCAAGCUUGCAUUCUACUUUAGUUUGUUUAUUAUAACGAUCUACAGGCUUGUGAUGACGGCUGUGACGUUAUUCAUUGAUGAGGAUGCAAAUCUGGUUGACACUAGAACUAUUUAGAGUUUGCUACCAACUUUUCACACACAGAUGGCUAGGAAAAUGUGUAAGAUGCAGUGAAGUAAAGCUUGUGGUGUGCAUCAUUGAACAGCAAACCAACACUGCCAGCCUCUGAGAGAAGAAUUCAGUACAUCGCUCUGGCUUUCAGAGAAAGAAGAUUCAACUCCCUAGCCGGGGUACUGAAUCUAGCAUCUCAGCAUUAUCAUUUUAACCAUAAACAAGAAUUGGCAAGUCAGCUGUACAAUGUAGUUUUAUGCGUUUUGAGUGUGCUCGAUGACAUCUGUCUAAAUUUGGUAGGCGAUUGAUGCAACUUUUGGCAAUCACUGAUUCAUACCUGCAUCCAAGUAAUGCUGUUGUACUCAAUUCAACACUGAAUUGUCUAUAAAACUGGCUCAUAUAUGGAUGUUGUUUUGUAUCACA